AUGUCUUUCGGCUUUGGCGACUCGAGUACUCGAGCGCACGACUCGGAUGGACAGCCUUACCAGACUGAAUGCUUCAGAGGCUCCUUUGCGACUCGACCACAAGAACACCUUCUAAUCUGCGAUCACCGCAUCCGAUCCAUUAACGAGAGAGAGCGAUGCGGUUCCAACUACAAACCUUCCGCCCAUGCAGACCACAAGGUCAGAGAACCUGCAUUUGCAUGCCCGAUGCCAAAUUGCACACAGACUCGCAUGCAACUCACCAACCGCAGCAAAGUCUUCGUGGUCAAGCCAGGCCAGAGUCGCACUCGCUUCCGGACCUGCCAUCUGAUGGAUGAUCCAAUGUCGGGAACAAAGCGCGACACCACUCGCAAGUACCGCGAACGUGGUGAGAAGAGCGCGCCGCGGAACAGAAGCAGCUCCCCUGACCGCGAGGCACAGCGCACGAAGGACUCCAUGGAUCCAGCUGAAGUGAUCAACGCGCUCGCUGCCAGCGACGAAGGAUACAGAAUCGCCGUCUCGAGAUUCAGUGGUCCAGGUGUGCGCGCAAAGAUCGACGACCGAUACAAGACACGCAAAGACUACGAGCUCCAGUUCAAAGACGAGGCGGUCGGUCGAGCAUUGAGAAGCCUUCAUAUGCUCAACAGUGACGAGCUGCAGCAGAAGCUUCGGGCAGCCAGAAAGCGCGAGCUAGCAUUGGAUCCGACCUUUGGUGGACCAGACAAGGAGUUCGGCGAGGAGCUCAAGGGCACCAAGCCGGAGGACCUCGUGGGAGCAGGCAUCGACACCGGGCUGGACUGCAGUGUCUGCGGUGACAACACUGAAGACAUCGCCUUCAAAUGUCUCCACUGCAUCACCUUCGUGUUCUGCAAUUCCUGUUUCAUGUGCAGGCGCGAUGCGCACCCUAAAGACGACAAGCACCAGUUUGAGCUGAUCAAGUCGUCCGAUGCGUGGGACCGUGCCGCAGAUGGCGUGAUGGACGAUACGAAGAAGGCACCUGAGGUUCCCCACGAACAAGCCACCUUCUGCAAGUGCGAGACGACUUCCAAGGAGUACCUGAUCUCCUGCGACGGCGAUGACUGCCAGACUCUGUUCCAUCCAGGCUGCUAUGAUCGAGGCCUCUUCCACAGCAGCAUGUACAAGCAGAACGCAGAGUACUUCAACAGGAAGGACUACAACGCGCACAAGAACGGCCGAUCGUGGAAGUGCGAAGCCUGCAACGAUGAUGCUCCAGUUGAGUCCGAGCAAUCACGUCAGCGUUCCGCUCGUGUCAUUGCUCGUGCCAAUGCUCGAGCGGCGGAGGCCCAGAGUAAAGCGACGAAGAAGGUCUACAACGCCCAAGAGGAGGCCGCGAAAGAGGCAGAGUUGAAGAUGGCCGAGACACAGCAGGAGAAGGCAGCAAUUGAGGCCAAAUGGGAAGAGAUCGCUGACGAUGAGAUGGAUCCCGCCGAGGAUGACCCACUCGCCGGUAUCCAGACAUUUCCCAUGGGUCUGAUUGCGUUCCACUUCAAGCCGCAGUAG